UGAAUCUUGACGGAGAAGAGGGCCUCUACGUGGCGCCCCUCCUGCGAGAAAGCUCAUCAACACCUCAAAAUUCCCUCAUCUUCUUUGUGUGGUUGGGAAAAUUCGAACCCAUAUACAGUUAUUUUCCAGCUUCUACUUUCUCUUCCACGCCAUCUCUAUCAACUACCACUAAUUCUCCCUUUCAUUUUUGUCUGGGCUUCUUCCUUUUUCUAUGGGCGAGAAACCAAAUGGGUUGCUUUCAUUUGCCAAUCCAAAGUCCAAACGAAUCCAUGGCAAUGAAACCGCUCGCUUAAGUCGUUUUUCUGCAUAUCCACAUACUCCACUCUCAAUCCUGAAGAUUACUGAAUCAGUCGGUGAAGUGAACCGUUGCUUCGGAGUUAAGUGGCUAUGGAGGCAACUGGGGCGACGAUAUCUUGCGCCAAUUUGAGCAGUAGCACACAUCAGUGUAAAUGGAGCCAGAGAUUGAGACCCUCUUCGGAGCUAAGUAGAACGGUUUUCUUCCGCAAUUCUUUCCGCAGCGGCAACGGGAGCCACUCCCGAUCGCUGAUUACGAGAGCCGCUGCUAAAAAGAAAACCAGAACGAAGAAAGCUACGGUUGCUGCUGAUGAAGAGAAAGUCGCCGAGAUCGCGGAUUCAAAUCAAGAGUUGCAGCAGCAAGCUCAGCCGCCGCAGCCGAAGAUUACGUUGGACGAUGUGAAUCCGGUGGGGCUGGGGCGGAAGUCCCGCCAACUGUUUGAUGAAGUGUGGAGGAAAUUUUCUGGGCUGGGUCAGAUCUCGAGGACCACCAGGAUGGAUGACAAGGAAACUCUUGAUGCUCUGCUCAUUAGGGAGGGGCCGAUGUGUGAAUUUGCUAUUCCUGGCGCUCAGAAUACUACUGUGCUUGUUGUUGGUGCCACUAGCCGCAUUGGCCGCAUUGUUGUUCGAAAACUUAUGCUGAGAGGCUACAGCGUCAAGGCUCUAGUGAGGAAGGCAGACGAUGAUGUUGUGGAUGUGCUUCCAAGGUCAGUGGAAAUAGUGAUUGGAGAUGUGGGUGAUGCGAAUACCCUUAAGGCUGCUGUGGAAGGCUGCAAUAAAAUCAUCUAUUGUGCAACUGCUCGUUCCACAAUUACUGCAGAUCUCUUCAGGGUUGAUCAUCAAGGAGUUUACAAUCUCACCAAAUCAUUUCAGGACUAUAAUAACAAGCUAGCACAACUACGAGCUGGAAAAAGCAGCAAAAGUAAGCUUCUGCUUGCAAAGUUCAAAUCUGAGGAGUCAUUGAAUGGUUGGGAAGUUCGCCAAGGAACUUACUUCCAGGAUGUUGUUGCUGCUAAGUAUGAUGGAGGCAUGGAUGCGAAGUUUGAAUUUACUGAAACUGGAAAUGCUGUCUUUUCAGGAUAUGUUUUUACGAGGGGAGGAUAUGUUGAAUUGUCAACAAAGCUUUCCCUUCCCUUGGGAUCCACUCUUGACAGAUAUGAGGGGCUCAUUCUCUCUGUCGGUGGGAAUGGAAGGUCUUAUGUGCUAAUUGUUGAAGCUGGUCCUUCAGCUGAUAUGACUCAAAGCAAACUGUAUUUCUCAAGGUUUAGCACAAAAGCUGGAUUUUGUCGGGUCAGAAUACCAUUUUCAUCAUUUCGCCCUGUAAAGCCUGAUGAUCCACCUCUAGAUCCAUUUCUUGUGCAUACAUUGACCAUUCGUUUCGAGCCUAGGAGACAGAGACCUGUUGAAGGAUCUGCUUCAGGGGUAAAUCAAGACUUGAGAAGCUUUAAACUCAUAUUGGAGUACAUAAAAGCCUUGCCUACUGGGCAAGAGACAGACUUCAUCUUGGUUUCAUGUACAGGAUCUGGUGUAGAACCUACCAGAAGGGAGCAGGUUUUGAAGGCAAAAAGGGCUGGGGAAGAUUCAUUGAGAAGAUCAGGCCUCGGGUACACCAUCAUCCGUCCAGGUCCCCUCAAGGAAGAACCCGGUGGCCAACGCGCACUUAUAUUCGACCAGGGAAACAGGAUAACUCAGGCCAUAAGCUGUGCUGAUGUUGCUGACAUCUGUGUAAAAGCGUUGCAUGAUUCUACCGCAAGAAACAAGAGCUUUGAUGUAUGCUACGAAUACGUUGCUGAGCAAGGAAGGGAAUUGUAUGAGCUGGUAGCUCACUUGCCUGACAAAGCCAACAACUACCUGACCCCAGCCUUGUCUGUUCUAGAAAAGAAUACAUGAUCUCAUCACUCCAAAACUUUGUUACUUUCAAAGAGUGCUUCUUUUGGAAGUUGCCACUGAAUACAUAUUUUACUAUCCAGUAUAUAAAAGAUGUACAAAUUCAUUCACUGUUUGCCAACAUGGAGACUACUUUGAUCUCUGAUAUUUCUCUUGGGAAGGAAGGGAUGUAAAGGAAGUUUUAUAACUUUUAACAUGUAUCAAGUUCAUUCAUGAUGUUUUGGAGAAAAUAAUGAUUUUAUUGGAAAGAGAAAGGAAAGGAAA